GCAAAAUCAUCUCCAGACUGCCGCAAGUUGGGCUUGAAAAGCACGACAGUGCAUAGACACGCUCUUCAUAUUAAGGUUGAAAAAGCACAUGCACGACGUCAUCGGUUGUCACUGUCGGGUCUCGACACGUCUGUAUCAGCAAAAGUAUCUGCUUGUAGUUUUCUCAGCACCAGCUUCACUUGCAAUUAUUGCACAAGAACUCAGAUCUACUCACGUUAUUUUAAAGUUCUGGUGCUAUUUACUUUUACAUCAAUCACGAUCACGAUGGACUUCGUUUCGUCAGCAACGUUGGAGCAAAAAACCCGUCGCGACAACGGGGAGGACAUUCAAUUGAUAGACCCGCUUUCUUCCCCACCUCUCGUCCACCACCACCAGAGUCGGUUUCCGGGAGAUAAUUCGAAGUUGACUACGCCACCACUGGGCGGAAGCGGCGGUGGAUCGAGCAGCAGCACUUCGAACCCCGGUAGCAAACAGACGCUAGUAUCAGGAGGCGGAGGUGGAGCACGAACAACAUCAAAUCAUGGCGCGACAUCAAACUACACUAGCGACGGCGACCACAGCCUGGAUCUGUUUUCCUGGCAGGACGGCAUGUAUGGGUCCGGCGGCACGACCACAGGCUCGACGUCGAAGAACACUCUACACUCCUCGCCCUACGAACACCCCUACAAGAAGAAACCUUCCGCGACAACCACGGGUGGUGGUUCUUCCAGUGGUCACAACAAGCUGCACACGCCGGAACUCGGCCUGGAGGAGAUCGUGAUGGGAUUCGGUCUCCGCGACCUCGGCGGGCAGUCCAAGGCGCAACAGAGGAAGCUCGUGAAGCACUGGCUAGUGUUCCAACUGUGCGGCUGGGUGUGCCUGGUUUUGCUCUAUUUCAACGAGUCCAGCAACCAGCAGCGGUUCGACUCGGAGCUCGCAAACCACUGCCACCGCGACCCGGACAGUGGUAUUUGCCUCGGCCCGGAGUGGAAGCAGGUGCUGUAUCGCGAUGUGCAGCUGGGUGGCGGCACGGGCGACUUGGGCGAACAGUCUUUCGACUUCCAGACCACGAGUCAGCCGGCAACGGCACUGGUGGUUGUAGACCCCUACCUCGACACGCCCGGCGCAGCAAGUUCUAGUACCUCCAGUGGUGGUCCCGGGGGAUUUUUCUCCGGGUCCUCUGGGAGCAGCAGCAGCAGCGGGCCUGGCCCAGGGCGCGGCGCGGACGGGCCGGACGUGUUCUUUCCGCCGACUUCGAAAGCCCGGCCGGACGCGGAAACCUCCACCAACACGCACUACCGGGUGCGCAUCGACCGCGUGCUGCCCAACCGCGGGGGCUUCACCAGCAACCCAGAUUGCACCGGACCCAACCCCAGCCCGCUGCUGUGCAACGGAAACGUGUUCGGCGGCGCCACGUCCGUGGCCGCGUCCAACGGCUUCAUGACGGUGAUGCAGCGCGGCGCGCACGCCUUCAGCGUCGAGGACUUCUCGGACGAGGCAAAGCAGGCGGGCACCGUGUCCUGGCGGGUCACGGUCUCCCACCGGUUACCUGCGCGCAAGUCCAGCCGGUACCGGAUCUACGUGCAGGACGUCAUCAUGGACCCCGAGCACAUCCGCCGCAUGACCACCGAGGCGCAGUGCGCGUUUGAGGGCGCGUGGAAAAAGUUCAACGAAAAGCACCAGGGCAAGGACGAGGACGUCAGCGUGUUGCGGUCCGAAUGGGUCAUGAAUUUGGGGAUUUUAACCAGUUUACUCUUCCUCGCGGUCGUUUACCGUAUGUUCGAGAAACAGGACCCAAAUACAAAACACUUGGCGUACGUGCAGCUGGCAAAGUUCGCGAUCUGCGACUUCCCGGUGCAAAUCUCGCUCGUCGGCUACUUCCUCAACUGGUACGACCGCAGCGGCAUGCGCUGCCAAAUGUGCCUCUUCGACGUCGACCACUGUCAGGUUCGUGCUGCAUGGCAUGUGCCUGAUUUGAUUUGCGAUAUUUUUCUAGACGAGCCAAAGACAUGACUAUGAUUGAUUCUAGUUUUUCUUCAAGAAAAAAGCAACUCCUGACGAAUUUAAGCUAGUACAAUUUGAACUUGAUGGCUGCAUCUUCCCCAUUUCACACAUCACCAGGCCGACUACCUUUUUCACGGUGUCAACAUCUUCGUGGUUCUGUUCAUUCUCGCCUCCGCGGCGCUCACCAGCCUGCUGCUGGUCAAGUACCACCGAGACGCCGAGAAAGUGUACACCGACGACGAGAUUUGCAUGAUAAAAAGCCUGCAGCUCGGAGCGAUCUGCGUUGCCAUACUGCCCUUCACCACCGGAUUUCUCAUGGUGAGUCGCGACCAACUCCUCUUCCCCAUGCUGUGGUACGCAAUUGUGGGAGUACCCUGCGUCAUUGGCUGGGUCUGCGUGGC